AUGUCUACCGAUUAUCAGACAAAAGAGGUGGUUGAAAGCCAUGCCGACUCGAAAGAUGUCCAUCAUCGCCAGCACUCUCUUAGCGAGAGGGUGCGCCACAGCAUCUCUGUGCAAGCAAUCGACGAGAACACGGUCGAAGGCCAAAUCUUCUCCAUGAACGAUGUCGAUCCUGUCCUUGAUAAGAAAAUGCGUCUUGUGAACGCUGCCAUCGACGAAAUCGGUUGGACUAACAUGCAUCUGAAGCUUUUCUUCCUCAAUGGCUUUGGCUACGCAGCCGACUCGUUGAUUUUGCUGCUGCAAUCAGUCACUUCCGGUCAAGCCGCACUCGAAUUCAACCCUUCUUUCAAAAACGGUCUUACCGUGGCUGCAUACUGUGGCAUGUUGAUUGGGGCCUUGUUCUGGGGCUUGAGUGCCGAUGUAAUUGGUCGUCGAUUCGCUUUCAAUGUCUCCUUGUUCAGCUGUUCGAUCUUUGCCGUCUGUGCUGGUGCCUCUCCUAAUUGGUGUGCCCUGGGUGCCUUCACGGCGUUGGCAGCGUUCGGUUCUGGAGGCAACUUGAUCCUCGACACCACUGUGUUCCUCGAAUACCUUCCUGGCAACAAGCAAUGGCUUCUGACUCUAAUGGCAUGCUGGUGGGGGCUCGCUCCGGUGAUCGCGGCGGCCUUCGCAUGGCCAUUUCUCUCGAUUGGCAAGUACAAUUGCUCAAGCCACGCGACUUGCACCUAUCACAACAAUAUGGGCUGGCGUUAUGUCUGGUACUCAAACGGAGCACUGGUGUUCGUUCUUAGUAUCCUCCGUGUGACGGUCAUCCGGCUCAAGGAGACUCCAAAGUACCUCCUGGCAAAGGGCCUAGACCAAGAAGUUGUCAACACUUUCCAUUCGAUUGCUGCCAAAUACAACAGGCCUUGCUCGCUCACCAUUGAGCAGCUCGAGGCGUGCGGCCCAAUUAAAUCCACAUACGGAAAAUCGCGAUACGGGUUUUCGGAGUUUGUGGCUCAUCUGCGUGGCCUCUUCGAAACAAAGAAACUCGGGAUCUCUACUGGCUUGAUUUGGUUCUCCUGGACCUUGAUCGGACUCGCGUAUCCGCUGUUCUACGUUUUUCUGCCCCAGUUCCUCGCCAGUCGUGGGGCUCAGACUGGGCAGAGCGGUGCGUACUACACCUGGCGAAACUACAUGAUCACGAAUACGGUUGGCAUCUUCGGGCCCGUCCUUGCCGGGUUCAUGUGCAACUGGAAGCUCCUGGGACGAAGAUAUACAAUGGUGAUUGGUGCUCUGAUCUCCAUGGCCUUUUUCUUCGCGUACACUGCCGUGCGCACUCCGGCUCAGAAUAUCGGCUUCACAUGUGCCAUUUACUUCUUCGUCAACGUUUACUAUGGUACACUCUAUGCAUAUACCCCCGAGAGUUUGCCGUCCGCCCACAGAGCUACGGGAAAUGGUAUCGCAGUCGGUUGCAAUCGGGUUAUGGGUCUCGUGAGUGCAUUUGUGGCGGAGUACUCCAACACCGCCACAAGUGCUCCCAUCUACAUCUGUGCAUCCCUCUACAUCGCCAUGGCACUCGUGGCCAUUGCCAUGCCUUUCGAGCCGUAUGGAAAGAGGUCAAUGUAG